GCAGAUUUUUUGAAAGGAUUACCAGUCUACAACAAAAGCAACUUCAGCAGGUUCCAUGCAGACUCUGUAUGUAAAGCAUCAAACAGACGACCCUCGGUGUAUCUUCCCACGAGAGAAUACCCAUCUGAGCAAAUCAUAGUUACAGAAAAGACAAAUAUACUUUUGCGUUACUUACACCAGCAGUGGGACAAAAAGAACGCAGCAAAGAAGAGAGAUCAAGAGCAAGUGGAAAUUGAAGGUGAGAACUCUGCACCACCCCGGAAAAUCGCUCGGACAGACAGCCAGGACAUGAACGAGGACACUUAAACUCUUGGCUUCCUCCUCUCCUACUUUGCAGGCGCUUCCUGUUUUGUCUCCAAGUGUGUAAAUUUUUGCCCCCAUCUCUCACCCCUCCACUAUGCAGCCCAAACCACUUCUGACUUCAUAGGAGCCAAUGUAUUUAUUUUU